AUGUCAUCGUCAGUACCAUAUGAUCCAUACAUUCCAAAUCAAACUACUGGAGAUCAAUCCAAUUCAAGAACAGCAGCUAUACAAGCACAAAUCGAUGAUACAGUUGGAAUAAUGAGAGAUAACAUAAAUAAAGUAGCAGAAAGAGGUGAAAGAUUAGAUUCAAUAGAAAAUAAAACUGAUAAUUUAGCAAUAUCUGCUCAAGGUUUUAGAAGAGGUGCUAAUAGAGUUAGAAAAGAUAUGUGGUGGAAAGAUUUUAAAAUGAGAAUGUGUUUAAUAUUUGCUGUUAUUAUUGUUAUUAUUGUUAUUGUUGUACCAAUAGCUGUUCAUUUUAGUUGA